GUGCUCAGUUUUUGGCUUUUUAGUUUUUCUAUCGCUACGCAGUAACGGCGCUCCGAAGAACGCUACAAAACGAGCGGUAAGAAAACUACAGCAACAUCAUGUUCAGCGUCGUUCCCACAUCCGCGGUGCUGCCGGCUGAGAAGGAGUUACACGAACUCCUGGCUUCUGCGAAAGCCACCGCAGAUGCAAUAGUACCCUACUUGACGCUCCACACGCCUGAUGGAGCAACUGAGGCCUGCGCUAUUCGAAAAGUCGCGUCAUGCCAACGUUUCUAUUCUGCUCUCCUGCGCAGCGAUGGGACGCUACUGCUGCUGACUAACGCUGCUGCCGGUGACUCGCUCUCGUCCCUUUCCACGAGAGCAGCGCGUGUCUCCGUGCUCGACAGUGGCGGCGAAGCGGUGCAAGACGUGGCGGCGGGUGCGAGCCACAUCGUCUACUGCACCGUGUCCGGCGCCGUCUACAGCUGCGGGUACGACAACACCUACGGCCAGCUUGGCGACGGCACAGUGUGGUCCUCGUCCUCGUCAUUUGCUUCUUCCAAUGGCGCACGCACAGAUGAAGUAAGAGACAUUCCAGCUCUCAGCGCACCAAAGCGAAUUGUUGGGUUUGGUGGCGACGGUACCGGGGGCCGUUUGAGCGAUAGCUGGGUGGAUGCAAGCGUUUCUUCGUCUGCGGAAGGCGCCGCAGGAGACUCUCAAAAGGCAGGUGCGCAGCCGCUUGCCGCCGCCGCCGCCGCCGUUGCAGAAGCCUCCCCACCGAAGCGCUACGUGCCUCCUGCGAGCAGCCGCCGCAUUCGUCAAGUGGCGUGCGGGUUACACCACACACUGCUUCUUACGCACACUGGACGCUGCGUGUACGGGUGCGGUCGCGGUAACCGCGGCGAACUUGGCGGUGCCCGGGCAGUGCUGGCCCAACCGUCGUUCCGCUCCGUCUCGCUGCUGUUUGGCCUGGAGAUGCGCCAGGUGGCUGCGGCGGACGCACACAGUUUCGCCUUGCUCGAGAACGGCCUCUUGUAUGCGUUUGGGGACAACACAUGUGGUCAGCUGGGGCUGGGUCACACGACGCGUGUCAGCCAACCCACUCUUGUCCCUCUGCUUGGGCAGGCGGUGGCAGCGGUGCGUCCUCCAUACCAGCCCCUUGAUUCAGAAGCUGCCACAGCAUCUGGCUCCACCACACGUCCUUUGCGGUUGGAUGAGAAGGCGUACUCGUCCCUACGUGCGGCGUACGGGUCGGCAGAGAGCACCUACUACCCUUUGCGCGUGCCUCGCCUGCAGGCCGACAGGAUAAGGUUCAGCGAGGCAGCCUGCUGCGCAUCCGCUAAUGCCGAAGUGGACGAUGCGCAAGUACGGUGGGUGCACUGCUGUGGGUCGUGGACGCUGCUGGAAACGAAUCGGUGUGAUGUGUGGCUGUCGUGUGGCACCGCACUCACACGUGGAGUGCCGCUAGCGGCGCAGGCGUCCAUCUCUGGCGUGCCAGCCACGCAAGCGGCUCGCAUUGAUGGCUGUGGGGUACUGGGCCGUCCUUUCCUAAAAGGAGACAAGACGGUGGCCUACCAAUUCUUUCCCGUGCGGUGGCCCUCGUUGAUCAAGACGGAGAGCAGCAGCAGCUGGGACGUGCGGGUGGCGCCGCUCGACUGGGCGCACGGGGAGAUGUCGAAUAAAAGCAGUCCUAGUCGUAGCCUCGGUGCGCAACGCAGCGACGAACUUGAAGAGAGAACUGUCCCCCGGCAUUGCACAACCACCCCGAGCGAGGCCAUAGCGAUCCACAAUAACACUUCGUCGGAAGCACCGCACCGACCCAGCGACACGGAGCCGAGCCUGGGUCUCACGAAAAAGACGGUGAGGGGCGAGGAGAACUGUAAGGGUACCCGUGUGUGCCCGUACCCCACCUCGUUGUUUGUGUUACUCGGGGAUGAAGAAGACGGGGCCGGAGCUGCGAAGGAGCCGGCGCGGGAUGUGCACACCGGCUUGUUAUCGUCGAAGUUGCUGGUACAGAGCGGCGCGCCAGAGAUAAUAGCGGUGGAGGUGCAAACGAAGGACGCCGCGGCGUGGGAGAUUGUCACGGGACGCGCGGCGGACGCGGCGGGGGCGGCAAGCGGGGUCGACGUACCGGACCGUAUACCGUCUGGUGCUUCUCUUGUGGGGCUGCACUCCUCUCAUGGACAGUUUAUUCCGCUACCCACGUAUGCGCUCUUUGUGUGA